GUAUCCAGAGGGAUGUGUUUUUAAACCCAUGCUGCUGGGAGGUCAAGAGGUGACGUGCCUCUGUAAGACACCACUGGAAACAAAUGCUCUGCUGCCAUGCCUCCGGGGACGGUGCGCCAUCUUUCAGUGUUAGCAGUCCGGACACUGCUGUCUCUCCUGCUGCCAACCAUUACCUGGCCCUUCGUCUCACUACCUGGUGGCAUUGUCCACGGAUUAGAAUCCGCGUCCUCUAGUUCUUAUCCCACCUUUGUCCGGAAUGACACUGUGUUUGAGCACUUGGCCUUGCAUCCCGACCCCACCGUUGGUCGGGUGUACAUCGGGGCCCGAGAUCACUUGUUUCAGUUGGAUCGAUUCCUCCAACCUGAACUCCAGGAUGACACUGGACCUGUCACAGACAGUCGAGAGUGCUUACCUCCUGUCACCAAAACCAACUGCCCUCAGGCUAGGAUGACCAGUAACCACAACAAGCUCCUGCUAGUUGAUCCUUACUCCAUGGAACUCAUUACCUGUGGUAGCGUCAACCAGGGAAUAUGUCAGAAACGUAGUUUGGAUUCUGUGGAUGUGGUACGAUUCUCCACUACAAGGCCGGUGGAUACCCAAUAUGUAGCAGCCAAUGACCCCAGCGUCAGUACUGUUGGGCUUGUCAUUAGGUCACAUCCUGCCAGGCAGCCUGUUUUGUUUGUGGGCCGAGGUUACACCAGCAGCCAUCCACCCAUUUCCACAAGAAACCUCGCCCAGGAACCCAUCUUUUCAUACGAGGAAACUGCCAAACUGGCUGUGGCUGGCCGGCUCUCAGAAUAUGACCACCAUUUUGUGGCCUCCUUUGCCCACCAUCAGCAUGUAUACUUCCUCUUCUAUAGGCGGGACCUUAAGUCACAGUCGCGCGAGUACCGUACCUACGUGUCUCGUGUAUGUUUGGACGACCAGUCCUAUUACUCCUACGUUGAAGUACCCCUGACGUGCCGUUCUAGGUCAGGAAAAAUGUACAACUUGCUGCAAGCUGUCCAACUCGGGCUGUCCAAGGAUGGGCAAGGAAGUCAAAGCGCUGAGAUUCUUCUUGGUGUCUUCUCCGCUCGUUUGGCUUCAUCUACUCGGCCCAGUGAGGACUCGGCCCUGUGCAUGUUUAAUCUUGAAGAUGUGGACCGCAGGAUUAAUGCCACCAGAGACCUGUGCUACACACAGAUGGGUAGAGAAGCAGGAGUGGAGGCAGCCUACAUUGAGUACGAAGUCAAAUCCAACUGUGCUAACCUGCCGGAGAACACUCUGGACGCCUAUCCCUGCGGCUCUGACCACACCCCCAGUCCGAUGGCCAGCCGAAUUGCCGUGGAGGCCGAAACCAUAUUGGACAGCCCGUCUGCCCGUCUCACUGCUGUGUCUGUCAGUGUAAGGGCAGGACAUACGAUUGCCUUCCUGGGAGACUCCAAAGGAAACUUGCACAAGGUGUUCCUGGGGCCAAACGGCGAGGUGGAGGAAUACUCUGUCGUCUCCAUUCAGCAGAAUGUAGCUAUCAGCUCAGACCUCAUCCUCGACCAGAAAGAGGAACAUCUCUUCAUCAUGACUCACAACAUGCUCCAGAAGAGGCCUGUGGCUGAAUGCCAGCAGCACCCAGACUGCCACUCCUGCCUGCUGGCCCACGACCCCUACUGUGGCUGGUGUGUCCUGGAGGGAAGGUGCGUGUUGCAGUCAGAGUGCGCUCGUGGGAACCAGCCAGGUCAGUGGCUAUGGAGCUUUGACAUGGAGCAGCAGUGUCUGACCGUCCAGGACCUCAACCCUUCCAACGUCAGCAGGGGGGAGAGCAAGAUGGUGUCUCUGUCAGUGCCAGGUCUCCCAGUCUUGGAGAAGCAUGAGUCCUACUCCUGCCUCUUCCAGGACAGCCACAGCCCUGCCGCCGUCACCAAAACUGGAGUCACCUGCCAAUCACCUGACAUCAGCCGAGUCCCUGCAGUGCCUCCAGGACAGGACUCUGUCACAGUCACAUUGUCUCUUCGUUUUGGCGACGUCACGGUCACAGCAAGGGAUUUCAUCUUCUAUGACUGCAUGGCUGUUAAGCAGCUGUCUGGCAGCAUGCCCUGCCGUGGUUGUGUUUUGAGCCAUUGGGGCUGUAACUGGUGUGUUCACCAGCACCUGUGUACCCACAAGCCCACCUGUGAGCAGGGGGUGAUCAUCUACAAUCAACAUUUUAAUCUCCCCACCUCAGCUCCUUACCCAACUAAACCUAUUAAAGUCAUCACGACACCCAGUACCACAACAGCUGCUCCAACAACCACCACCAUGACAACCACCACAACUCCACCCACAACAACAGAAACUGUCACCACAACAACAACAACAACAACAACAACAGCAACAACCACUGAAGCCCCUGUGACUGUAGCAACCACUCCUGAGCCAACCACCCACACUGUGCCCACUAGUCCACCCACAACCCCCACCAGCCCAGAGUUGACCACCCUGCCCACCCUGCCCACCACCUUCCUCCCUCAACCUGUCGCUACCCUUGCACCCACCACUGCAGCCCCAAUUAUGUCUCCACCUCCAGAGGUCACCACCAGGAACGAAGAGGAGACGAAAGCAGGAGAGCAGGUCGUUGACGUCACCCAGAGUGACACCACAGUUGCCACAGUUACACCCACUCUUGUCAUGGCUACAGAAUUGGUGCCCGUCACCACGGCUGAUCUGGAGCCUGUGAUUCCUCUGAUGAUCCCAGACACCUCCCCCCUCGAGGUGAUGACUGAGUCGCCCCCCGGUGACACCCAGGAAGCUGAAGGAGAGCUGAGCCUAUCUGAGCCUCCCACCCCAGGCUCAUCUGGCCUCCCUCUGCCCACACAAGACACUCCAACAGGAGGCCCAGAUGCUGACCCUGAGGUGCUCCUCUGGCCAAAUGGAGACGUGGAUGCUGAUGCUGAUUUUCAAUUGGAAAAUGACACGGCCACAUUUUCAGCUGCCACUGUGUUAUCAGGCGAUGGUGAGGUUGACCAUCCCGCUCCAUCCUAUCCCCACUUGUUGGAUACUGACUCAGAGCUGGACUACCAGUAUGAUCCAACAGAUGGCUUCCUCCCGGGAGACGAGGGCUCGUACGUCAGCUGGGGUUCCUCUGCUUGUCCAUGUGUGGAGAAGAUUCAGGGUUCAUCACUGCUCCCCGUGCGAGUGGAGAGGAAGAUCACUCUGCUGGCCCACAAUCUGCACCUCUAUCAGGACACAGAGCUGGACUAUGAGUGUGUGCUGGUCAUUGAAGGACAGACGGUGGUUGUGGACGCCUACGUGGAAACUGAUGACAUGAAUCCAUUCAGCUUCGACAUCACCUGUCAGCUACACCAGUACACAUAUUCAGCUCCAGUGGACGAAUACAAUGCCAUGGUGUAUGUGAAGAGGAGGGACACCUUCCAUGUGGACAGCUCCAAUGAUCUUUAUGUGACUCUGUACAACUGCUCCGUGGGCCGAUCUGACUGCAGCCGCUGCCAUACAGCCGACCAGAAGUACGGUUGUGUGUGGUGUGGCACUGCACAGGCCAGCUGCUUGUACUCGGACUCCUGCAGUGAAACUGUGCAACACACGUGUCCUGCUCCUGUCAUCAACUUUAUUGAGCCACUCUCCAGUCUGCUGGAAGGUGGUACCAUGGUGACCAUCUCAGGCUCUAACCUGGGCCAGAAGGCUGAAGACAUCCUUGACUCUGUGUUGGUAGCCGAUGUACCUUGCACAGUCAUUAUUAGCCUCUAUGAGGUCUCGUCCAGAAUCGUGUGCAAGACUAAAGCGAGUGGAGGAGAGAAGGUGGGCUUUGUUUCUGUUAAAGUCAGCGGAGGAGAGUUUGGUCUGUCCAGCCAGAAGUUCAGCUACCAGGACCCGUUUGUGAUGGGGGUUUCACCUGAAAGGGGCCCCAAGGCUGGAGGAACCACCCUGACGAUCACUGGCCGUAACCUGCUGACCGGCCGUCCCUCUGACCUCAGCAUCACCGUGGGAGGAGUGGCCUGCAAAAUUCUAUCAGAAGUGCAGGAGUCCAGUGUUCAGUGUGUGACUGGCAGCAGUAAUAAGACCGGAGAUCACCGCAUCACCCUGCAUUACGGCAGCAGCCAGCGUCACCUCCACACAUCGUCCUACCGCUACACCCACAACCCAAACAUCACCCAUGCCACCCCAGCUAAAAGUUUCCUGUAUGGCGGUCGACUGAUCUAUGUGUCAGGCCACAAUUUGGAUGUGGUGCAGAAUCCUCGGAUGGUGGUGACAGUCUCUCCCUAUGAGUCUGUCAGCCAGAGCAAAGAGAAGAGGAGGAGGAGGAAGAGGACAACAGUGCAGAUGGAGGAGAGAGUGAGCAUACAACCGGGAAGGAGAGUUAGGAUGGUUCCUGAUCCUGUUUGCCCUGGAGACGCACUCUGCUCUGUCAAACAAUUCACGGAGCGCUGUGAAGUGAACUCCUCCUCUCUGAUUCUGUGUCGCUCCCCUACGGUGGACUCCUCUGUCUGGGGAUCAAAGGUCAAGGUCGAGUUUCUUCUGGACAACCUGUGCUUUGACUUCAGCAGUUUAAACCCUCAGACUUUCAGCUACGAACCUAACCCGGUUCUACGCCGCCUGAACCAGCAGGAGCCUCUGAGGGCUUACCGCUACAACCCGGGCAGCUUCAUCCAGCUGGAGGGAGAAAACUUGGACCUGGCCAUCACUAAAGACGAGGUUGUGGUGUUGAUCGGGGAAGGCGUGUGUGCAGUGAAGACCCUGACGAGAAACCAUCUUUACUGUGAGCCGCCGCCUCAGCAGCCUUCACCUGGACCCAACGGAAAGAAACGCGAGGGCUCUGACAACCUCCCAGAAUUCACUGUCCAAAUGGGCAACCAGAACUUUUCUCUUGGUAAAGUUCUGUACGACAACCUCAGCCCGUCCACCUUCCCUCUGGAGGCUCAGAUUGGAGUCGGAGUCGGGGCGUCGAUAGUGGCCCUGAUUGUCCUCAUCAUCGUUCUCAUCUACAGGAGAAAGAGUAAACAGGCCCUGAGAGACUACAAGAAGGUCCAGAUCCAACUGGAGAAUUUGGAGACCAGUGUGAGAGACCGCUGCAAGAAAGAGUUCACUGAUCUGAUGACAGAGAUGAUGGACAUGUCCAGUGACCUGGUGGGCUCAGGAAUCCCCUUCCUCAACUACCGCAUGUAUGCCGAACGCAUCUUUUUCCCAGGCCAUCGGGAGUCUCCGCUGAGGCGAGACCUGGACGUUCAGGAGUGUCGUCGGCAGACAGUGGAGCAGGGCCUGGUGCAGCUGUCCAACCUGCUCAACAGCAAACUCUUCCUCACCAAGUUCAUUCACACGCUGGAGAGCCAGAGGACCUUCUCACCCAGAGACAGAGCCUACGUAGCCUCCCUGCUGACUGUGUCACUUCACGGGAAACUGGAAUAUUUCACUGACAUCCUCAAAACUCUCCUCAAUGACCUGGUGGAACAGUACGUGGCCAAGAACCCCAAACUGAUGCUGCGAAGGACGGAGACAGUGGUGGAGAAGCUGCUGACCAACUGGAUGUCCAUCUGUCUCUACGCUUUCCUCAGGGACUCAGCAGGAGAGUCUCUCUACAUGCUGUUCAGGGCCAUAAAGCAUCAGGUAGACAAAGGUCCAGUGGACGCCGUUACAGGAAAGGCCAAGUACACGCUGAAUGACAACCGUCUGCUGCGUGAGGACGUGGAGUACAAGACCCUGACUCUGAAUGUGUUGGUGCAGGGUGGUGGAGUGAAUGAGAGCCAGCCGGUGCCUUCCAAGGUGCUGGACUGUGACACCAUCACACAGGUGAAGGAGAAGCUGCUGGAUCAAGUGUUCAAAGGCACUUCCUUCUCCAACCGACCCCACGCCGACUCACUGGACCUGGAGUGGAGGUCUGGUGUUGCUGGACACCUCAUCCUGUCAGACGAGGACCUGACGUCUGUGGUCCAGGGCAACUGGAAGCGCCUGAACACUCUACAGCACUACAAGGUCCCGGACGGUGCAACAGUAGCGCUGGUCCCUCGCCACAACAAACACAUUCACCAUGACAACCAUGACUACGUAGCAGGAGAGAAAACACCUAUGCUGGAGGACGCAGAUGAAGGAGGAGUGCGGCUGUGGCAUCUGGUGAAAGCCAGCGAGGAGCCGGAGUUGCCCAAACACCGCAGAGGCAGCCUGAGAGAGAGGGAGAGAGCCAAGGCCAUUCCUGAAAUCUACCUGACCCGUCUGCUGUCAAUGAAGGGUACGCUGCAGAAGUUUGUGGACGACCUGUUCACAGUGAUCCUCAGCACCAGCCGCCCCGUCCCACUCGCUGUCAAAUAUUUCUUUGACCUUCUGGACGACCAGGCGGGACAACACGGCAUCUCGGAUCCCGAGACAAUCCACAUCUGGAAGACCAACAGUCUCCCUCUGCGUUUCUGGAUCAACAUUGUGAAAAACCCUCAGUUCAUAUUUGACGUCCAGGCGUCGGACCACGUGGACGCCGUCCUCUCCGUCAUCGCCCAGACAUUCAUGGACUCGUGCACCAUCGCUGAGCACAAACUGGGACGGGAUUCUCCCAUCAACAAGCUGCUGUAUGCCAGAGAUAUUCCUCGAUACAAGCAGAUGGUGGAAAAGUACUACGCUGACAUCAGGCAGACCAUCUCAGCCAGUGACCAGGAGAUGAACUCUGCUCUGGCUGAGCUGUCCAGGAACUACUCUGGAGAGCUGAAUUACCUGGUCGCACUGCACGAGCUCUACAAGUACAUCAACAAAUACUAUGACCAGAUCAUCACGGCACUGGAGGAGGACCCCACGGCCCAGAAGAUGCAGCUCGGCUACAGGCUGCAGCAGAUUGCUGCCGCUGUGGAGAAUAAGGUCACGGACUUGUGACAGUGGAGACGACCCACACUGAGAGACUAGAAGCUGAACUGAGGAGCAGGAGAGGAGUGACGGAUAAGUGAACUGACGGACUUUUCCUUUUUUGAGGAGAAACGGGUCAGAAGUGACCACCCACAACUCUUUUUUUUUUUUUAGAUCAGAAGUUUUAAGUUAAGUUUGUGUCCCAGCACCUUUUUGUCCUUUUUAUCACUAAGGAUGUAUCUGUGCAGUCCAGAGCCUGUAGAAACAGGACUGCAUGGAGAGCACACACACACACACACACACACACACACCGGGACAGGCAGCAGUCACGCUACUGUGGUGUUUAUGAAGGGACGCUUGGAGGGAAAACAGCAGAUGUGGCGUAGAGACACAAACCACACACGUGUUGUCAUUCAUUUUCCCGUUGGAGUAACUUUAAUUAAGAGGUACAUUUGUAAGCCUUUGUGUGCUUGACGCUGCUGCAUGAACGUGUGUGUGUGUGUGUGUGUGUGCGUGUGUGUACAUUGCCCUGUUUGUCAGUCUACAUCUUUCCUUUCUGCGUUGGAGUAUAAAGUGUUGGGAGUAAGUGGUUCUUGUGUCAUGGCUGUUCCUUGGAGCCAGUGAAGUGAUCAUGUUCAUGUGUCUGAGAAGGAAUCCUGCCACUCUCUACCUCGCCUGCUGCGCUGCAUUCAAAGCCCUCGUUUCACGCAUUCAUUCAUUCACUUCAUUAUUGCCCCCGUGAUCAACUCUACAAAGAUUGGAAGUGAGAACCUGCUUGGGGCAUUUUAAGGUACUUAAACCAGAUUAAGUGACACUUUACUCUGCUUUUAUACUUUGUGUGUGUGUGUGUGCGCGUGCGCGCGCGUGUGUAGUGUACAAGUCACUGGAAAGAUGUAAGAGAAAAAACAAAAACAAAAUCCUUCCUUUAAAGAAACUCAUAUUGAAGUGGAGCUCUAGUGCGUGCUGUAGUGUUUUAUUUUGUAUUUCUAUUUUGUACAUUUUUAACAUUCCUUUUAGGAUUUGAACAAAGUCUUAAAUCGUGCUUCAGCUUGUUCCACUCCAGGCUGAGGCAGUGGUACGUGUUGAUUUUUAUUUUAUUUUAUUUUAUCUUUAUUGGUAGAGAAUUGUAUUGAACACAAGGUGGCACUGCUUCACAUGCUGAAGAUCUGUAUGGUAUUUUGUUCCAGGCUAUGUAUUGAUCAUACUGUACCUAUACUGGUUCAGUAGGUAUAGAUGACCUUGUCUGUUCUUGCUUUGGCUUUGGAGCACAGAGACUCUUUUUCAUAAAACGCUAAUGUUUGCUGAUGUUUUUUUCUUAUUUAAAUGAGAAAGUCUGAUAUUAUGGUUUUGUCUUUACAAAGUAUAGAACCCCACCCUCUGAGGGUGAAAUGGUGUGAUUUAGGUCAACCUUUAGGAUGUGUUUUUUUUUUUAAAAGAAAGAAGCAGAGAUUUGUCACUGGGCGCAGCGGAGUGCUGGAGGAAAACUGGUGGCGACGCAGUUUCAGCAUCAGCAACAGCUUGAUGUUGAUGUGACACAAAACGGCUGCUCAACAGUGAAACUGCACACUAUUUAUAAGAAGAUCAGACUGAAAAUCAGACUGCAGAGAAAACGGUGAAGAUGUUUGAGAUCUUGAACUGAAUUCACAGUGACGUGUGUCGUCCCCUCGUCCAGAAGCGCCACGUCACAGUGUAGCCCGCAGCUUUUAUCACUACACAGGCCGAUACGACUGAAAUGAACACACUUUUUUUUUUCUUGUCGUGUCACGCACUGUCUACUCAGAGUGGAGUGAAGCUCAGUGGUGAUUCGGACAAAAUCUGCUGAGGGAAAACUCUCAGCUGUUUUUUUUGUUUUUGUUUUAGGGCUGUAAACAUUUGUCGCUGUAGUGGAGGCUCAUGAUGUUUCUUAUUCUGUGUGUUAACAUCAUACUGAUUUCAAAUGUAACUGUAGUGAUUUAACGUUUAAUAAAAAAAAGGGGUGAAAAUUCUCACAUAUGUUGAUGUAAUAAAGUAUUCUUAAAAUGA